UCUCUCCUCCCUUUCUCCCUCGGUCCCCCCCCUCUCUCCCUGCCUCCCCGGGGAAGUGGGAAGAGACCGUGGCCGUGGACAAGCUGUUCAACACGAUGAGAACGUACCGCGUGUGUAACGUGGACCGGCCCAACCAGGACAACUGGUUACGGAGCGCCUACAUCGGCCGUGGGGAGGCGCAGAUGGUUUAUGUCGAUCUGCGGUUUACCAUCAGGGACUGCAGCUCCAUACCUGGCACCGACGGAUCGUGCCGGGAGACCUUCGGCCUUUACUAUGGCGAGGCGGACUCCGACGGUGAGCCCUCGGCCCGUACGGCCACCCAGCUGAAGGCCGCCUUCACCAAGGCCCGGGACAUCACCGCCGAGCACGUCUUCGCCCUCAACGGGAUGGGCAAGGUCAACAGGGCGACCGUGCCGAUCGGCCCACUCACCGGGGCGGGCUUCCGCUUGGCGUUCCGGGACCGGGGAGCCUGCGUCAACCUCCUGUCCGUGCGGGCCUCCUUCCGCAAGUGCCCGGCCACCGUCGUCAACCUGGCCCGGUUCCCGGAGACGGCGGCGGGGCCCAGCCUCAGCUCGCUGGCCGUGAGCCAUGGCACAUGCGUGGCCAAUGCCACGGAGAGUUCCUUCCCCGUGAAGAUGCACUGCACUAGUGAGGGAGACUGGAUAGUGCCCGUCGGGGGCUGCGAGUGUAGGCCUGGUUACCGCAGCAACGAGGAGCUCACCGCUUGCACAGAGAUUGAAGAGCAAGCAACCGUCUUUGAGCUGGGGUCAGAGCGGGGCCCUUCCCAGGAUGCUUUGGACCCUUCCUGUGGCCAAUUGGAAAGCCUGCUGCGAGUCAAUCAGCAAUGGUUGGAGGGGCAGGCCCAGGCUUUGAGUCACCUGACCCAGGCUGUGGAGGUCCUCAACUCUUCCCUGCUCGACAUCUCACAGAGACUUCACCUGCUCCUGAGGGGCCAACCUCAGACGCUACCAGACCCGGUGAUUGCUCCCAAUGUCAAUGGCGGAAAGGAAAAUUGAGCCUUCCUGACUUCACCUCAUCAGACUGUGACAGUUCUUCGGACAUCUGGACGUCAGUGAGAGUGGGGAAAACAAAACCUCCCUGUCCAUCCGCACUCCUUUCCCUCUUCUCCCCGUGUUCACUUAA